UAUAUAUUUUAAUAUAAUUUAAAAUAAAAAAUAUUUUCUCUUAAUUUUAUUUUUAAUUAAAUCAAAUUUAUAUUAAAAUAUUGGUAAAAAAUUUAUAAAACCUAUAAUAUUAGUAAAAUUUUAUUGCUGUACAUGGUAUAGAAAAACACCUAGUUUAUAAUAUAUUUGAACAGUGAAACUUAAAAUAUAAAGUUAAUUUGAAGUAUGGAAACUCCUAAUACAAUGGACUAGCGUUAAGAAAAAUAAAGUGAAUACUUUUUUCCUUACUGUAUAUUACAGCUUUUUAACUAACAACUUUUUAUGCAUUUUAUGGAAAUGUGAUAAGCAUAAAUCUUUUUUUUUUUUGAAAAGGAACAUAAAUCCAAGGUAAGAGGAAAAAAAAAGAAGCAAAAAUAGAUUUCCAAGUUUCCAAGUUUGUCAGAAAAUAAAAAUACAUUUCAUCAUCCACUAUUAGUUAUCUACGUGUCAGGUCAUGAUUUGUGGAAUGCUUUUAAAAUUUAGCUUACUAUAUUUUUCUUGAAUAGCAAAAAUAGAAAAAACCAAUAGAAUUCGAGGUAAUUCACUGUUUCCAAAUUUUCUGAAAUCCAAACUUGUACAUUCUGUGUUUUGAUCGAUGGAGAAGAGAGACCUUUUUUCACAGAUGAUUGCAGGAGAAAUGAUAAAGUGUCUCUGCAUUUAGAGAAAGAGAGAGAGAGAGGGAGGGAAAGGAUUUGUUUUAUUUUUGUGUUCUUGGGAGAGAAGAAAAGAUGGAGAGUUUCAGUGAAACGGAUCACGAGGAGGUGGCGGCGAAGAUGACGUCGGAGGUGGGCGAGAAUUUUGAGGAUGAAGGGUUGGUUUCGAACUCGACAUUGGAGAAAGUUGCUGCAGCGAAGAAGUAUAUAGAGGACCAUUACAACAAACGCAUGAGACACAUCCAGCAACGUAAAGAAAGGCGUUUGGUGCUAGAACAAAAGAUAGCAUCUUUAGAUGUAUCAGAGAAAGAACAACUCGAGUUGCUUGAGGAUUUGCAGAGGAAAGAGACUGAGUAUACUAGGUUGAUGAGGAACAGGCUCUGCGUUGAUGAUUUUGAUCUUCUCAGUAUUAUUGGUAGAGGAGCUUUCGGCGAGGUAAGGCUAUGCCGUGAGAAAAAGACUGGCAACAUUUACGCCAUGAAGAAGCUGAAGAAGUCUGAAAUGCUUAGUAGGGGGCAAGUUGAGCAUGUUAGAUCUGAGAGGAACUUGCUAGCAGAAGUUGCUAGUGACUGUAUUGUGAAGCUUUACUAUUCGUUCCAAGAUCCAGAAUACUUGUACCUUAUCAUGGAGUAUUUGUCCGGUGGUGAUGUGAUGACUUUGCUUAUGAGGGAAGAGACUUUGACUGAGACCGUCGCUCGGUUUUACAUUGCACAAAGUAUUUUGGCUAUUGAGUCCAUACAUAAACAUAACUAUGUUCACAGGGAUAUAAAACCAGACAAUCUUCUGUUGGACAAGCAUGGUCAUAUGAAGCUGUCAGAUUUUGGUCUUUGUAAGCCUCUCGAUUGUAGAAACAUUUCGGCCAUGAACGUAAAUGAGCCUUUGAAUGAUGAGAAUACAAAUGAAUCAAUCGAUGAUGAUGAGAACUGCUCAAUAGGACGCCGUGGAAGGCGUUGGAAGAGCCCAUUGGAACAGCUGCAGCAUUGGCAGAUAAACAGAAGAAAACUGGCAUAUUCAACUGUUGGUACCCCUGAUUAUAUUGCUCCUGAAGUGUUGCUGAAGAAGGGAUAUGGUGUAGAGUGUGACUGGUGGUCUUUGGGAGCCAUUAUGUAUGAGAUGCUCGUUGGUUAUCCCCCAUUCUACUCAGAUGACCCCGUGACAACAUGUAGAAAGAUCGUGAGCUGGAGAACUCAACUUGUAUUCCCAGAUGAUGCAAGGUUGACACCUGAGGCACGAGAUCUCAUUUGCAGCUUGCUUUGCGAUUCUGAUCAUAGGCUUGGUUCUCAUGGAGCCGGAGCUGAGCAAAUCAAAGCUCAUCCUUGGUUCAAAGAUGUGGAAUGGGAAAAGCUAUAUGAGAUGGAUGCAGCUUUCAAGCCAGUAGUCAAUGGAGAGCUUGAUACCCAGAAUUUCAUGAAAUUCGAUGAGGUGGAUUGUCCAAAACCAACAAGAACAGGAUCUGGACCUUCAUGGAAGGUGAGCAUAACCCCUCAAAAUAUCAAUUUUGUGGGAUAUACAUACAGAAACUUUGACGCUGUCCGUAGCUCUCGCCAUUCUUUAGAUAUCAAAGGAAGCCUUUCGCCACCACGCUCAUCAACUGACUCCACCCGAAGUGACUCUGCCAUUGAUUACGCACUACUCUCUACCGUUGAUGCUUCACAACAAUGACUCAAUCUAAGUCAUCAUCUUCUUCUUCUUCUACAAAACAUUCCUCUGCAACUUUUGUGUGUUUCUUGAUCCAUUGAACUUUAUUUUCUUUGGCAAUGUACAGUCAAUAAUUGCUUGCAAUUGCAUAGGGAAGAGAAGAUCCUGAGGAAUCUUUCUCUUUCAGCAGCUUCUGUUUUGCCUUUUGUUUUUAUUUCGUGGCGAUUUAUUUUAUAUGCCCAGAAAUGGCCGUUCAUGUAUUUUUCUUGUACGGCCGUUUUCCUUGUGGCAGUUUCUUUCCCGCCAUUGUGUUUACUGUUAUUGUUAGCAAUAUCCAAACACCAGUUUGAUCAUCUUCC